AUGCAGAUGUGCUUCCCUGAGUGGUUUCCCGCCAGCACCUUCUUCUGGGUGCUCAGUGCCCUACUGGUCUCCUCGGCAGCCGCCUUCCAGGGCCUCCUCCUGCUACUGCCGGCCUCACCACCCACCCCUGCCACAGACCCCAGGUGUGGCCUGCGGGUGAGAGCCCCAGAGGUGUGGGAAGAGGAGCAGGAAGAGGCCUCACCCCUGCAGGAUCUGCCCAACUCAGCCGCCAGCAGUGCCCCCAGCCCAGCUCCUGAGGGCCAGGGGCUGCUGACCAGCCACACCGCCUGCCUGCUGGGGCUGCUGGCUGGCACCAACGCGCUGACCAAUAGCGUCCUGCCCGCUGUACAGAGCUUCUCCUGCCUUCCCUAUGGCCGCCUGGCCUACCAAGUGGUGGUGGUUGCCAACCCCCUUGCCUGCUUCCUGGCCAUGGGCAUGCUGUGCAGGUCCCUGGCCGAGCUGGGGGUGGGGGGUCUCUCCCUUCUGGGCUUGCUGUUUGGGGCCUACUUGAUGGCACUGGCGAUCCUGAGCCCCUGUCCACCACUGGUGGGCACCUCGGCAGGGGUGGUACUGGUGGUGCUGUCAUGGGUGCUGUGUCUAGGCGUGUUCUCCUACGUGAAGGUGGCUGCCAGCUCCCUGCUACAUGAGGGUGGUCAAUCCGCGCUGCUGGCAGCUGGCAUGGCCAACCAGGUGGGCUCCCUGCUGGGCGCCGUGGCCAUGUUCCCUCCGACCAACAUCUAUCAGGUGUUCCGCAGCGGGCGGGACUGUGAGGAUCUGUGUCGGCACUGA